UGCCAGCCAUCUGACAAUCUCACCACCUCACCACCUCACCCUACAACCAUGUCCCCUCCCACUUCCACCGAAACCUCCACGGUAACCCUCCAACCCCGCGCCUCCACGCAAGAAAGCGGCGCCUCCGCCGCCAAAGUGAAGCAAAACGCCGACCGGUUCCCCCGCCCGCUGGUCUUCGAAGACAAGCUCCAGGAGCGCGAAUACCUCAAGGGCCGACUGGCGGCGGCAUUCCGCAUCUUCGGGAAAUACGGCUACGAUGAGGGCAUCGCAGGCCACAUCACCCUCCGCGACCCCGUCGAGCCAACGACCUUCUGGGUGAACCCGUUCGGGGUGGCCUUCUCGCAGAUCAAAGCCUCGGACCUGAUCCAGGUCGACCACAACGGGGACGUCAUUGCCGGAGGACCGGUGCGGCUGCUCAACGCCGCGGCCUUCAUGAUCCACCACGCCAUCCACACGGCCCGGCCGGAUGUCCUCUGCGCCGCCCACAGCCAUAGCAUGUACGGGAGGGCGUUCUGUACCCUGGGGCGACCGCUAGAUAUUAUCACACAGGAUGCGUGUGCGUUUUAUAAUGACCACGUCGUAUACACACAAUUCAACGGCGUCGUCCUGGCCGAAGACGAAGGGAAGAGAAUCGCCGCAGCCCUGGGCAGCAAGAAGGCGGCAUUACUCCAAAACCACGGCCUGCUGACGGUGGGCCAAUCGAUCGAGGAGGCGGUGUUCUGGUUCGUGUGUCUGGAGAAGUGCUGCCAGGCGCAGCUGCUGGCGGAUGCGGCGGCGGCGGGGCGCGGCGGGCAGACGAUCAAGAUCGACGAUGCCGAUGCGGAGUUCACCUACAACACGACGGGGACGCCGCUGGCCGGGUAUUUUAGUGCGAAGCCGAUGUUCGAUGUCAUCCAUGAGGAGACGGGGGGGAAGUAUUUAGGUUAGAUCAUUCGAUUUACUGUUUACACGAGACUAUUCUAUUGUUUUUGUGGUGUGGCCCGACGUUGGUCAUUUGGUG